UGGCCCGGCCCGCGGGGGGCGCGCCCGGGCCCGGGGCAACUCUGGUCUCGGCUCCAGUGCCGCUGCGCUGGCGCCUGAGCCGGGCUCCCUGCGGCCGUCGCGCCGGAGUCGGAUCGCCGGGGUGAGCGCUGCCGCGGUGGUUCUGGCGCAGGCGGGACCGAGCGCCGGAACUCCGGACACCCGCAGGGUCCCGCGCCCACGUCAUGAUGAAAGAAAUGAUCUAUUCUGACACAGACCAGAGAAUACCACUGGGGCAAUUUGGGAAAGAGAAUCCAGUCAACACAGCAUGCUGAAUGAGCAUUAAUGAAGGCUUCUCUGAAAAAGUUGAAAGAUUUUAAAUUUAUCUUCAAAGCAGUGGAAGAUUUCAAGCAGAAACACAACAAAAGCCCUCCUGUAGACUGAGUAGCCGAAGACACAAUGCUGUUGUUCAAGGACUUUUAUGAAGUCGAAGCAUGUGAACAUAAUGGAUGCAUCAAGUACAUAGAACUUUGAUGUGAAUAUUUAAGAUCUGAGCUUGGCAAAGCAAGGAUAUGAACAGUUGUGCAGGUGGGCUCCUCAGGGCCAGUGAAGAGAUAAGGCAUCCAAUCAGGGACUGGCGACCCGCAGCCCAGCCAGUAUGCCCCUCCACCAGAUUUCCGUAAUCCCAGCCCGGGAGACGGCCAGCAAUGGGAGAAGUUCAAUGGGCAGAAACAAAGAGAAGAACAAGGAAGUCGAGAAUUUCAGAAAUUGAAAAGGGGAUAAGAGGAAGGAGAAAAUGCUGGGCUGGUGUGAAGCGAUCGCCCGUGACCCCCGCAGAAUCCCCAGCGACACGCCAACACCCGAGAUCUCGGGGUGUGUGGCUGAUGCCUCACAAAGCUCCACACUGAAUGACAAAUCCCCAGGGAGAUCUGCAAGUCGGUCAAGUAACAUUUCAAAAGCAAGCAGCCCAACAACAGGGACAGCUCCCAGGAGCCAAUCAAGGUUGUCUGUCUGUCCAUCUACUCAGGACAUCUGCAGGAUCUGUCACUGCGAAGGGGAUGAAGAGAGCCCCCUCAUCACCCCCUGCCGCUGCACGGGCACUCUGCGCUUUGUCCACCAGUCCUGCCUCCACCAGUGGAUCAAGAGCUCAGACACCCGCUGCUGCGAGCUCUGCAAGUAUGACUUCGUAAUGGAGACCAAGCUCAAACCCCUCCGGAAGUGGGAGAAACUACAGAUGACCACAAGUGAAAGGAGGAAAAUAUUCUGCUCUGUCACAUUCCACGUCAUUGCGAUCACCUGUGUGGUUUGGUCUUUGUAUGUAUUAAUAGAUCGGACAGCGGAGGAAAUCAAGCAAGGCAAUGAUAAUGGUGUCCUCGAAUGGCCAUUUUGGACAAAACUGGUUGUGGUGGCCAUUGGCUUCACAGGAGGUCUUGUCUUCAUGUACGUACAGUGUAAAGUCUACGUGCAGUUAUGGCGCAGGCUGAAGGCCUACAACCGUGUGAUCUUUGUACAAAAUUGCCCAGACACUGCCAAAAAACAGGAAAAGAACUUCUCAUGCAAUGCGAACACAGACAUUAAGGAUGCAGUGGUGGUGCCUGUAUUACAAACGGGUACAAAUUCACUGCCAUCUGCAGAGGGCAGUCCCCCUGAAGUUAUACCAGUGUGACAGAACUGGUUUGGAGCUUCUUCACUGAAGAAUAUCUUUCUAGCCCUCAGCCACUACAAAUGACAGAAGUGAUCCUGAAUUAUUCACUUUCUAUCUUCUCCUCUUUCUCCUACUGACUCAUUUCUUCCUUACUUUGCUCAAAAAGGAAAGGAGAAAAAACACCAAGUGACGAGGACCCCAUGAAGCAGAGUCUAAGGUGUGAUAUGGAAAUGCAAAAAGUUUGCUAGAGAGUGAUUUCUAAGACAAUUAAGAACCACUGUAGCAAGGAAUGCUUUUAGGCAGUGAUAAAAGACUAAGCAGACACAGGUGUCUUUAUCGUAGCAGGGGAAAGUUUAAGAAUAUAGACUUGAAUUGCAAUGUGUAUUUCUUCUAAGGCCUUGCAAUGUUAACUGUCUCAUCUGGAAACAACAUAUUUGGUUUUAAGCUUGAAAUUGCAUCAUCCCUAAGUCACAUCAGAAGCAGACUCGGAAGACGCCUAUUCUGACAGUCACACCUGGACAGUGAACAGACUUUUAUGGGCAUAGUACAGUUCAGUUGUUUUGACAGAUGCAUGUUUUUAAAACAGAUGCAAUACACAUUUGAAGAUAUUAAUACUUGGAAUUAGGUUUACAUCAUGAACAAAUGAUUUUCAGAGAUAUUUGGGGUUUAAGUCUGUUAAACACACAAGUUGAAAUCAGCUUUCAAAUACUGUAUUUUUUCUGGUCCCUUACAGUUUUGUCCAACAGAAGUAUAAUGUGGGCCACAACUGCAGGCCACAUAUAUAAACUUAAAAUUUUCUAGUAGUCCCAUUAGAAAAAGUAAAAACAAAUAGGUAAAAUUAAUUUUGAUAAUAUAUUUUUAUUUAAUACAAUAUGCCUGUUAUUUCAACAUGUCAUGAAUAUUAAAAAUUACUAUUUUACAUUUUUUUAUGAACUAAGUCUUCAAAAUCCAGUAUGUAUUUUACCCUAACAGCAUAUCUCAAUUUGAAUUACCCAUAUCUGAUAGCAUAGCCCUAAAAUUAGAGACAGAGCCUCUACUUCAUUUAACAGUUGAAUUUAUCAAAACAGCAGCUUAAUUCAUUCUUUUAUUCAAAGUGUCACAAGUGUCAUACAAAGCACUAAAUCAAAUUGAAUAACCUGGUUGAAGAGUUAGAUAGUUACUAUUUCUCUAAAAGGUGAAAACACAAAAGUACAGAAAGAUAAAGCAAUCUGCCUGUGGUAAAGUUCUGAAAUUUACUUGUUUGCUACAAUAAGCACUUAUGACAGGGAAAAUAAAAAUCAAAUGCUUUUCUUAUUAAGCCAAAUUUGUAAGGUUUUUUUUUUAGUCCACAUAAAGGGCGAUAAAACUUGACAGAUGAGUAGUUAUGAACAAGCAUUUAGACUCUGUUUUAAAAAGCUGACAGUGUUCCCCUUGCUCAGCUAGGAAGCAAGAACAUUCAACAGAUUCUGUGAUGAGUAAUAAAUUGAGUUGUUUAGGUUUGACAGUUGAUUAUUGUGUUCUUUGCAUAUUCAUGUAAAACUGAAGUGUGAAUGAUAUUGCAGUGAGCUAGAUUAAUGAUUAUAUAGUGGCCUGUUAAAGAUGUCUUACACACAAAAAAAACGUGAUUUAUUUUUGUUAGCUGUCAUAUUUAUUAUUGUGAAAAGGCAACCAUGAUGGCCAUAAGCCCUAAAUCAUGGUUUGGCAUUGCACAAAUCUGGGUAGGUAUACAAUGAUGCACUUUGUAAUUAUCAGUGUGCUUGUUCUUCACAGGUUAUCAUAGUUAAAAGGAAAAAGAAAUAACCUCUUAAUGAGGAGCAAGAUGAUAUGAUUAGUAGUGGCUGACAGUGAGUCCAAAUAGUCCCAAUUCCUAGAAAUAAAGAAAAGGUAAACUGUGUCAACUUCGUGAGUGGUGUGUGUUUGUGUGUUCAUGUAUAUACAUGAGAAAAAUGGUAAAGUUUUUCAGUCAGGAAACAGAAGACUUAAAACUCAUCUUUAACAUUUGUAGAAGCGUGGAAUAAAGACAUAGGGAAAGCAAAAUUAAGGUAAAGGACUAAAAUUUCUGUGCAAAUAAGGACAUAAGUGGUGUAAUACAAAAAUAUGAACCUUAAACUACACUUUGUAUAUAUGUGCUCUUAAAUUUCCAUUUUAAAGCUUUAAGAUAUAUUCAUGAUUAACAAGUUAUGGGUGAUUUAACCAUGGCACUCACCCAAGGGAUUAAUUUUGACUCAAUUCUUCUGUUAAUUUUCCUAAGCUUUUUACUAAUUCUUCUUUCUUGUGGUUUAAGCAAUGGCAACAUGUUGUUUACAAAUAAUCCUGGGGGAAGAAAAUGUGUCACCUGCAAACAAAGAAAUAUUGAUUUCUUUUGUUUGCUCUGGAAGCAAAAGGAUUAUCUAUCUUAAUUACCACCAAAAAUACUGCUUAAAUUCUGAACCAGCCUAAGCCAAGACAGGUAAGUGCAUAAUACAUUUCACAGUGGGAGAAGACUGGCUAAAAUAAGGCCUCCUACACUUAACACUAAGAAAACGUUUCUAGAAAAGCAUUACUGCCUUAAUCAUAACAUGUAACAUGGUAUUUUAAAACCAUUCCUAAAUUCUCAAAAUUAACUUGUAUAGGCUUUGACUUUGUUAAAUGAGAAAAUAAUACAGCUCCCUAGAAGGUUAAAAGCCAACAUUUUAUUCUGCUAUUCUUCUGACCUUUUUCAACUCUCAACUCCUAACUUCAAAUCUUUUUAAACUUUUUCCUGCAAUGGGUAUUUUAUGGUUCAAUUUGAAAUAACCACAAGCAUUUAAAACCAAACGUUAUUUUCUUUUAUAUUCCAUGUGGCAAUGGUAUAUUUGCCUUUUCAGUGAAAGGAUUUCACCUUGUGAGAGCUUUUGUGGACUGGAUAUACCCUUCAAAAAGAAAAACUGCUCUCCAAAAUGACAAUUUUUUGAAGCAUGUUUACCCACUCAUGUAAGAGAGAAAUUGAAUUGAAACAAGGACUAAACUGAAGAAUGAACUUAACAGUUCUGUUAAAAACCUUGGCAUUUUGUAACCAUGAAUCUGUGGCAUUACCAAUGCCAUAAACCACAGAUAUUUAUGCUGUACACUUUUACUGUAUAGGAUCAAGGACUAAAUUGUAAAGGAAUGAAAUCCAUUUUUUUUAAAGUGAAGCCCAAAAGGCAAUUAAGCUUAAGAACACAAGCAAAAAUAAAAAAAUUCAAAAUGAAAAUGAUCCCAUCAACCUGAGAUAUAGCAAUGGAGAAAUUGAAGGAAAAUAGGCAUAUAUUGAGUCUUUAAAAAUGAAUGCCCCCCAAAUUUCAAUCUCAGAGCUGCUGUAACAUGUGAAUACAGUCCCAGAGAGAUGACCUCACUUACAUUGUGCUAUAAAAGGUCCUUGGGCACCCCUAAAACAUCUAUUUUUUGGUUGGAAAAUCAGCUCAUUAGAGCAAUGACAUCAUUAAGACAUUAUAAUUGUCAUGAGGGUGAGGUGGGGAAGAUUAUUCCAGCCACCUGACAUCGUGUAUCUUUCCUUGCCAUGCCAACGAAUACUCUGGAACAAAAUGGAGCUCUUAAAACUUAUUAUUACCAUUCUUGUAGUUGUUACAUAUAACUGUACAGGACUUACACUUUAAUUAAGAAAGAUGAAAACCUUUCUUUCUUUCCUUAAGUCAGUCCAAAGGUGCUAUUUACAUAUUAAUACAGCUGAAAGGAAUACUGUUAUUUUGGGCUGCAGUGUUUCCUCCACAUCUGAAAAAAGCCCAUUUGGAAAUUGGAUAUUACAUUAAAACAAAAAAAAAAGGAAAAAUCAUUUUAACUGUGUGCAAUUUUUGAGAUUGAGCGUUUGUACUUUUUAUGAUUUUACCUAAUUCUCUUGCAUUAACAAUUUAUUGUUUUGUGAAUAAUGUGUACUAAGACAAAUUAAGGAAAAGAAAAUAAUUAUCUGUGAAAGACUUUGUAUAUUAAACAAGUGACUCAAAUCUUUGUUGUGGUUUCUGUAUCUCUAGCCUCACUUACCAGGAUUUCUGUGGAGUCGUAUCUGCAACAUUCAAAUAGGCUUGAACUGUUAGGUUUCCACAGUGGUCUGUUUAAGUAGGGUCUAAACAUUUAUUAUUAUUUUAAGGCCAAUAUGGGUUGACUAACCCUGACAUUGUAGAAAGGAAUAAAUAGGUGCAUUAACAAGGUAAAACCAGUGGAAAUCAUCUAUACAGACUUAUAAAAUCUGUAAAAAAAAAAACUUUAAGAAAAAUCACAAUGUAGGUUAGAGAAAGGAUUUUCUCAUAAAUAAGAAUAUACAAAAGAAUUUAACAGCAUUUUUUUACUCAGAUAAUAAAAGCAUGGAUUUAGAUACUUUGGAAUCUAUUUCUAAGCUAAGAGGUCUGGUGAUUAGUGAAGAAAAUGUCCUCUACAGAGCCCCCACUUCUAAGCCUUCUCCCACCUCCCAAAUUAUAACUAACACUCCUGGAUCACAAAUCAUUGUCACAGUAUGUUCAGCUAGUGAUCCUAAAACUCAGAGCUGUGACAGAGAUACAAAGGGCAGCCAGGGUGUGGGCAGAGACACUUUAACUCAGGAAAUGUCAAUACAGGCAGAGGGAACACUAAGUACCAAAGUCCUGAAUGGGAAACACUGAACAAGAUUCGGCCAGUAAAGAAACAGGUCCGUUUUAGAGUCAGUUUACUGACAGACAGCAAAAGAUAUUGACAAACAAUGAUGACAGCUCCCCAUGAGUCUUGUCCCAAGGGAGAACAUAAAAAGGAAAAGGGACAGAUAUUAUGACACUGCAACUUCAGGGGUGGGCGCCCUAUUGCUGGGUCGCUGAUUCCACACUGCACUGCAGCAACUUUAUGUCCUGCAUCUACAUCCUAAAAGAGACUCAAGAUAGAAAGUUUCAUGCUUCAUCAGAACCUGGGAGGCAAUGUCAAACUGUCUCACAUGUCCUCCCUCGUGAGUAAGGAGGCAAAUGUGAAGUGGCCCAUGGCAGUUCCUCACAAGCAUCGUGUCCCCAUGUUUGAGGAACAUCGGAGCAUUCUAGGCUCAGGUCAGCUGCAGCCACAUCCGACCUAAGUGGACUGACUGGACACACACAAGGUCAUCCGAGAGCCAGCACAGAGCUGUCCCACUAUAGGUGACAGGUGGCCAUCCUAUGAAUGGACAGAAGGCCGCUAUGUCUCAAGUACAGAAAGCCAAGGGCAAGUGGAAACACGCUGAGGUUGGAGAAGCAGUCAGGAAUCAAAUCAUUUCAAGACCCUCUGGCCAUCAUUACAAAACAUGAAUUUCAUUCAAAACGUGAUGGAUGUCAAUUGUAACUUGUGGGGGCAGGGGGUUUAAGACAAAUCUCUUUACCUUCCUCUCAGUUUUGAUAUGAACCAAAACUGCUCUGAAAAAAUAAAAAUAUCUUUUAAUGUAGAAAUAAUAUUAUACUCCAUCAAGUAAAUGAACAUACCAUUAAAAAGAUGUGAUAAAAUGAUAAUGUAAGAGUCCUGAACAAAGGAAUAGCAUAUUUUAGGUUACAUUUUGAAAUUCCACUUUUUAAAAAUUCACAAGUAACUCUCAACAAUGGAUUAAGAAGAGCAAGAAUGGCUGCAUGAAGGCCAGUUAGGAAGCUACUGAACAAAGUAUGGGCCGUGAACUAAAAAUGUUCCUCACAUUUUUAAAAGGCACACACCCACACACCCAAACACCCAAACACAAGAAUGUGCAAACAGAAACUGCACUUGACCUUCAAGGCUUAAAAUAUUUGCUCUGGCACUGAGCAAAAAAGAAGUUUGCCAGCCACUACUUCACAGAGUGCCCACAAGGUGAGUUACUUUUACUCUGUUCCCAUGGCCAUGAACUGCAGAAGUUAUCCUACAAAGUAUACGACUGGCUGAGAAGGGAUCCAGGUAGGGGAGCACAGUGAUCGCUGCAGAAAGAACACGUUCUGUAGAAGAUGAUUAAGGAUAUCACUUAAAACCAUUACUGCAAUGACAAAUGAUCUCUUAGGCUACUCUGGUCCAGCCAGGAGUGCCACGACAAUUAUGGUCCCAAAUGGUAAAGUAAACUCAUUCAUUCCAUAAUUAUUCCUCUGUUCUAGUUCUAAGCUAUGUGGCUUGUUAUAUUUUUAUUAUAUUUUUUAUAUUUUUAAUGCUUUGAUAAACUAGGAACAAAUAUUUGAGGGGUGAUGACCUGCUAUUUUCACAAGUUAUUCACCUAAUAGUAUGGCUU